AUGCUCUUGCUGCUCCUUCUCAGGCUGGUCAUGAGCAGAUGUCUACAUGAUGAGACCCAGAAGUCUGUGAGCCUUCUCAGGCCCCCUUUCUCCCAAAUGCCCACAGACUUCCGCUACUCAACUUUCCUCCCUCUCCCUGGCUCCCAUGAUCCUCAACCCCUUCGAAUCCAAAUCUACUAUGCAGGAGAUCCUAGAUCAGAUGAAGUUUGGGAUCCUGAGGGGACUGGAAUAAGAGAGGGGUCCCGAGCCCUGGCUGCAGUAAGAGAGACCACUCAGAGAAUCCAGGGUAUCCUAGCAGUUCCUCCAGUGCAAGGACCUCUGCUUCUAAGUAGAGACCCUGCACAAUACUGCCACGCUGUCUGGGGAGACCCAGAAACACCAAACUACCACAGGUGCAGCCUCUUGAACACAGCAUACAAAGGAGAGAGGUGCCUGGGAGCAAAGAUGCCAGAUGCCCAUCUGCGUGGCUAUGCUUUAUGGCCAGAGCAUGGUCUGCCACAACUAAUCCAGCCAGAUGGGCCUGGGGUCCAAAACGCUGACUAUGUCCUGUAUGUACGCGUUGCCCAAACUUCCAAGUGCCAUCAAGAGCCCUCUAUCAUAGCCUAUGCUGCCAGCUGCCAGUUGGACUCAGAAGACAGGCCACUUGCUGGUACCAUUGUCUACUGUGUCCAACAUCUCACCAGUCCCAGCCUCAGCCAUAACGACAUCGUCAUGGCCACGCUACAUGAAUUGCUCCAUGCCCUGGGUUUCUCUGGACAGCUCUUCAAGAAGUGGAGGGAUUGCCCCUCAGGACUCUGGGUUAGAGAGAAUUGUUCCAGAAGGAAACAAGUGACAAGGCGAGAUAAGCGGGGACAGCAGCUUCUCAUCACCCCAGCUGUUAGGCACAGCCUGGCCAAACACUUGGGAGUGCUCAAGGUUUCUUUGGGAGUUCCUUUGGAAGAAGAGGGCUCUUUAUCUUCCCACUGGGAGGCCAGACUGCUCCAAGGCUCUAUAAUGACUGCUACUUUCCAUGGUGCCAGGCGCACUCGACUUGACCCAAUCACUCUUGCUGCCUUCAAAGAUUCAGGCUGGUAUCAGGUCAAUGAUAGUGCUGCAGAGGAGCUCUUGUGGGGCCAGGGAUCUGGCAUAGAAUUUGGCCUGCUGACCACCUGUAAGAGUGACUCCUCAGAUUUCUUCUGUACUGGCAAUGGGCUGGGCUGUCACUAUCUGCACCUGGACAAGGGAAUCUGCUCCUCAGACCCCAUGCUGGAAGGCUGCCGCAUUUACAAACCCUUAGCCAAUGGGAGUGAAUGCUGGAAAGAGGAAAAUGGACUCCCAGUGGGAGCAGAGAAUCCCCAUGGAGAGAUCUACCAUUCCCAGAGUCGCUGCUUCCUUGCCAACCUCACUUCACAGUUACUCUCUGAGGACCAGACCAGCUAUCCUUCUCAAAUCCCACAUCUUAGGGAAAAAGAGCUCACUGGCCAUUGCUAUUUACAUCAAUGUACACAGAAGGGAGCAUACAAGGUGCAGGUGCAGGGAUCACCUUGGGUCCCUUGCCUUCCAGGAAUGGCAAUUCAGAUACCUGGAUACCAUGGUCUUCUUUACUGUCCCCAAGGUCGGCUGUGUCAGAGUAAUGAAGAUACCAGUACUCCACCUGUGAGUCAUUCAACCCAAGACCUGCUAGUCCAGCUGUCUUUAGGACUGACUGGGCCCCCAGGCCUCUUACUGAGGAAGAAACAGAGAGAAGAGUUGUCUGAAAUAGUACUGCAGGCCCUGGUGAACAGAGGUGGUACUAACAGGUGCUACUUCCACAGCCCAUCAGUCACUGCUAGCUUGGUGUUCUUUGUGCAUAUGUGGAAGCCUCCUGGCUGCCAAGGGCCUUCAGUUGCUAUGCUACACAGGGCCCUGACCUUGACCCUCCAAGAGAAGCCCCUGGAAGUGUAUCAUGGAAAAGCAAGAUUCACCACAGAAUACAGCAAGCUGCUGGCUACAUCAGACCAUAAUCCCUCCGUGACCCACCUACUUCUGCCCAUGGGAUUCUGCCUAUUGCUGCUAAUUCUGAUGGGUGCACUAGGAACUGUGGCCUUUCAGAAACGAGCUACACUUCGGGUCAGACCAUCUACCCCUCACCAUCAUGAGGGACAUGGUGCAAGGGUCUGA